AUUCAGUCGCCCGAGUUGCGUGACUUACGAUAUUGUGUAACAGUUGAUCUUAAAUUCCUAAUUCUACUCUACUAUGACUGGUCGCGGUAAGGGAGGAAAGGGAUUGGGAAAGGGAGGAGCAAAGCGGCACAGGAAGGUGUUGCGUGAUAACAUCCAGGGUAUAACAAAGCCGGCCAUUCGCCGUCUGGCUCGUCGUGGCGGAGUUAAACGUAUUUCCGGAUUAAUCUAUGAGGAAACUCGUGGUGUGCUCAAGGUGUUCCUUGAAAACGUCAUCAGAGACGCUGUCACCUACACCGAACACGCCAAGAGGAAAACCGUAACUGCAAUGGACGUCGUCUACGCCCUGAAGCGUCAAGGCCGCACCCUUUACGGAUUCGGAGGUUAAAUGACGUGUUUUUGAGCAGCUAUAGCCCCAGCAGUAGUUCAACAACAGCAUCAACGUUCAAUCGGCCCUUUUCAGGGCCACGAAUCAAUUCUAACAGAGAACAAUUGGGCUCGUACGAUAAUGCUAUCAAUUUCUAUUUGAAUGUCUCUUCUAUGUUUCAAUGUUCCACAAAGGUGAUAAGCAUUAUUGUCGUCUCUCCUGGUCACUUAAAUCUGACUCCUGCCAAAGUUGGUGGAAUUCAUCGUGCUAGAGUACGAUUUCCGCGCACCUUCGUAUGAUGGUGUCCUAGGGCAAUAGAUUAUGACGGUUGUAAAAAAUAAUUGAUAUUGUAAUGAUUUGGUGCUAUUUGAAUCCUCCGGUCCAAGGCUAGAUUUCAGCAAUCAUGACUACGAAAUGCGUUGAAGAUCUUUGAAGGGUGAAAUAUAAAAGCCAAUAGAACUA